AUGCCACUCUGUCUCACCUUCAUCUACUUUAAGAAGGCCUUCGACUCAGUUGAGACGGAAGCGGUCGUGGAAGCCUUGGAGAACCAAGGCGUCCCUACUCAGUAUAUAAAGGUACUUCGAGAGUUGUACAGUAACUUCACGACCGGAAUUUCGCCAUUCUACCAGAAUAUCAUCAUUGACGUGAAGAGGGGAGUCCGACAGGGUGAUACAAUCUCACCUAAAAUAUUCACAGCCACCUUCGAGAACGCAAUGCGAAAGUUGGAAUGGGACGACAUGGGAGUAAAGGUUGAUGGUCGGCAGCCACACCAUUUGCGCUUUGCUGAUGACAUUGUAGUGAUAACACCUAGCAUCAGCCAAGCGGAACGAAUGCUGACCGAAUUCGACGAAGCAUCGGUCUUCAGCUGA